AUGACGAAUAAGAGGGAUGUCGCUCAUAAUUUCUUUUUCGAGUACAAUUGUGUUGGUAGUGAGUUGCAUACUAUUUUCUGGGUUGAUGAGGUAGCUCGAUUCAAAUAUUCAAAAUUUGGAGAUGUAAUAUCCUUUGAUGCUACAUUCCGAACCAACAGACAUUUCAUGGUUUUUGUUCUCUUCACUGUGGUUGACAACCAUAACUGCAAUGUCGUUGUUGGAUCGGCUUUGGGUGGACAUGAACAUGUUCCAAAUUACAAAUGGCUAUUGCAAGCAUUUCGGAAAGCACAUUCGAAGCCCCCUCUGAUGAUUCUUACCGACCAAUGUCCUGCAAUGAAGCAGGCGAUUGCAACCGUCUUUCCCGAUUCAAGACACAAGCUUUGUAUUUGGCACAUUAUGAAUAAAGUCCCCAACAAGUUUAGUUAUGAUCUUCUUAAUAACACCACGUUUAAGAAACAAUUUUUCAAGCUGGUAUGGAACAUUCACAUAUACCCUGAUGAGUUUGAGAGUAAAUGGAUGGUUCUUAUCGAGGAGUUCUCUCUUCAAGAUCAUCUGUGGUUGAAAGAUAUGUUUGUUCUAAGAUCCCAAUGGAUACCUGCAUAUUUUAAAGAGCUUCCAAUGUGUUGCCUCAUGAAGACAACGUCCAGUUUCUCCCCUAUCUUUCUGUCAGAUAAUUCAAUACAUGAAGCCCCUGUGAAUUCUUCAAUUGCCAAAGGUGGCACUUGGUCAAUCCAUAAAUUUGGUGGCACCUGUGUAGGAACUGCCCAAAGGAUCCAAAAUAUCGCCGACAUUGUUAUGGAAGACAGUUCCGAAAGAAAGAUGGUGGUUGUCUCUGCAAUGGCUAAAGUUACAAAUAUGAUGUAUGAUCUUAUUGAUAGAGCACAAUCAAGAGAUGAUUCAUAUGAAUUGGCACUUGAUGCAGUAUUUGAAAAGCAUAAGUUGACUGCAAUUGAUCUACUUGAUGGGGAUGAACUUGCGAGUUUCUUGUCUACUCUGAGUCUUGACAUCAAUAACCUUAAAGCAAUGCUGCGCACAAUAUAUAUAGCCAGACAUGCUACAGAAUCUUUUUCAGAUUUUGUUGUUGGAUACGGAGAGUUAUGGUCUACUCAGAUAUUGUCAUCUGUCCUCAGAAAGGGCGGAAUAGAUUGUAACUGGGUGGACACAAGAGACAUCCUCAUUGUCACACCUGCUGGUUCUAAUCAAGUUGAUCCCGAUUAUGCGGAGUCAGAGAAAAGACUCAAGAACUGGCUCCUUCAAAAUCCUUCUAAGGCAAUUGUUGCUACUGGUUUUAUAGCUAGCACCCCUCAAAAUAUACCUACAACUUUAAAGAAAGAUGGAAGCGACUUCUCUGCUGCUAUCAUGGGCGCUCUAUUCAGGGCGCAGCAAGUGACAAUUUGGACAGAUGUUGACGGUGUGUAUAGUGCAGAUCCUAGAAAAGUUAGUGAGGCUGUCAUACUGAAUACCUUAUCUUAUCAAGAGGCAUGGGAAAUGUCAUAUUUUGGUGCAAAUGUUUUACAUCCUCGAACCAUCAUUCCAGUCAUGCGGUAUGACAUUCCCAUUGUCAUAAGAAAUGUUUUCAACCUCUUUGCACCUGGAACAAAGAUUUGCAGGCUACCUGUCAGUGAAAAAGAAGAGAAACAGAAAUUGGAAACUUAUGUAAAAGGCUUUGCAACCAUAGACAACGUGGCCCUUGUAAAUGUUGAGGGAACUGGAAUGGCUGGUGUUCCGGGUACAGCAAGUGCCAUUUUUGGUGUUGUAAAAGAUGUUGGAGCUAAUGUCAUCAUGAUUUUUCAGGCUAGCAGUGAACAUUCUGUGUGCUUUGAUGUACCUGAUAAGGAAGUGAAAGCAGUUGCGAAGGCGUUAGAAACUAGAUUUGGUCAAGCUUUGGGUGCUGGACGUCUUUCUCAGGUUGCAGUGAUUCCAAACUAUAGCAUUCUUGCAGCAGUUGGCCAGAAAAUGGCGAGUACUCCAGGUGUUAGUGCAACACUAUUUAGUGAUCUUGCAAUGGCUAAUAUUAAUGUCCGAGCUAUAGCACAGGGCUUCUCUGAGUACAACAUCACUGUAGUUGUGAAAAGGGAAGAUUGUAUAAGAGCUCUAAGAGCAGUCCAUUCAAGAUUCUAUCUUUCGAAAACAUCAGUAGCAGUGGGUGUCAUUGGGCCUGGGCUGAUUGGUGCCACUUUACUUAAUCAGCUUAGGGAUCAGGCAGCAGUCCUCAAGGAAAAGUCUAAAACUGAUUUGCGUGUCAUGGGUAUCCUUGGAUCAAGGAAAAUGCUUCUGAGCGACAUGGGCAUCGACCUUUCUAAAUGGAAAGAACUCCAGAAAGAGAAAGGAGAAAAAGCUGAUCUGGAAAAGUUCGUUCGACAUGUGCAUGGGAAUCAUUUUAUUCCUAAUACAGUAUUAGUAGACUGUACGGCAAGUACUGAUGUUGCAGAACACUACCAUGACUGGUUGCGCACAGGAAUUCAUGUGAUCACCCCAAAUAAGCAGGCAAAUUCUGGACCACUUGAUAAGUAUUUGAAGUUGCGAACUCUUCAAAGGCAAUCGUUCACUCAUUAUUUCUAUGAAGCUACUGUUGGAGCUGGUCUCCCAAUCAUGCACACUUUACGAGAUCUCCUUCAAACUGGGGAUAAGAUUAUACGCAUUGAAGGAAUUUUCAGGUCAAUCAAUCAAACCUUUUAUUUAUUUUCAGGUCAAUCAAUCAAACCAGGUUGUUGUUGCAUUGAAUUCCCCUAGAGAGUUCAGGAAAAAUCCUUGUAGCAACGGCAAUCUUCUUUACUGCAUAAAGAGAGUAAAACAUAAUGGCAUGCUCCAAUUUCAUGCUCACCAUGUUUUUCCUAUAUUUUGAUUGCAGUGAUUUUUAUGCCUUAAAGA